UUUAAUGAUUUUAAAGUAAAGGAGAGUUUAUGCAAACUGAGCUCUCAGGCUCAGCAAUCAAUCUAAAUGGUAACAUAACUUGGCCAAGAAAAAACAAGGAGUCAUGAAAUUUAAGUCGAUCUAGUAACCACAUCAUCACCACACCAAAAGUACUACAGAACUUGAUAUGGGUAAGCUCAAAAAGCAGAGAUAACACAAAAAUAGCAUGAUUAGUGUAGUCAUUGGUUAGGAAUGGUAUGCACAGAUGCAUGAGCAAUAAGCCCUAGUUUCUGUAUAUAUGCAACUAUAAAUUCAAGCUUUCUGAGUCCAUUCUUUUCAAGAAAAAAUAAAAAUGAAGGUUGCUGGUGCUAAUAAUAAGAGCCUGCAACUAGUGAUGCUUGUGGUGGUAAUGACAGGUUUAGUGGAGCAAGGGAAAGGGCAUGUUUGUGCAAAUACAUUCUUCUCAGCACUUGUUCAAAUGAUACCUUGCAGGGCAGCAGUUGCUCCUUUUAGCCCAAUUCCACCAAGUGAAGCUUGCUGUAAUGCUGUGAAAUCUCUUGGCCAACCUUGCCUUUGUGUGCUUGUAAAUGGCCCUCCAAUUUCUGGUGUUGAUAGGAACAUGGCCUUGCAGCUUCCUGAUAAGUGCACUGCCAACUUUGAACCAUGUGAAAUUACAAAGAAGUAGGUCCAUUGAGUUCAUUUCUUUGAAGAGUAGUAAUGAUGCUAGUAAUAAGAGGAUCAAAGUUAAAAUUAUGUACUGAAAACUACUG